GUCAUCUUCUAGUAUUGCACUAUUGCCCUAGCCGCCGAACCACCUAACUGAGUUCCGGUCGAACAGGCGAAGUGGCGAACGCCGACUCACGGAGCCCACCGGCAUUGGACAACGUCUGAUCUCCUCCACCUCACCUUACGCACGGCCACGGCGCCGUCUGACGUCGUCGUCAUCACCUAACUCACGCCGCUGAUCCUGCACGUCAUCGAUCGUGCAGUCGUCCACGCGCAGACUUCCUCCUACUCCUCCUCCUCUCCCGCCGCCGGUCCUCACAUCCGUAACCUACAAUUUACUAGAACUGCCAGCUUGUGAAAGCAUUGUGGUUUCUCUAUCAAUCAAUAUGGCAUCUGAAUCAAAGGCCAGUGCUGCUCAGAAAGUUGAUCCUGUGAUUUCUUCCGCUAAGAAUUUUGACAAGGUAUCACAAUUUAAGCGCAUGUGCAGAAAGUAUCCCUUUAUCGGAUAUGGCCUUCCUCUCAUUUCACUAACGGUGUUGGGCUCCAUAGGCCUUUCACAUCUGCUACAAGGCAGCAAAGAUGUGGCAAAGGAAAGAGAUGAAAUUGAGUGGGAGAUCAUUGAAACAAAAAAGGCACUCACUCGACUAGGCCCCAAGGAUGGCUAUGUGCCUAAAAAGAUUUCUUUGGAGGAGGAACUCAAGGCUUUGCAACAAAAGAUUGAUAUUAACAGUUACGAGUACAAGAGAAUCCCCAAACCAAAUGAACAGGCAAAGUAAAGUAUAGUUAGCAUCUUUUCCGGCCGCACAGUUGUUAAGACAUCUUGAACUUUAAUAAGGAGACUUUCUGUUUCAUUCUCGAUUCCCAAUGUAAAUGCCAAUAUGAAAUGGUUAUAUUAUAUACCUUCUUGUUCUAGUUAUCAAUCUUGUAAUCAGAUAUCAAUAAUUUUGAUACUUCAAAGUUCCACUGGAGAACUGCUAGUUCACACA